AUGGCCAACGCCAUGGACGAUGACGAUCGUCUGGCGCAGCACUCGCGGCUGUGGGGGGGCGACGCCGUCGACUUCGACACUGAAGCCGACAGCAGCCGCAUGCUACCGCCGGGCGUGAUCAAAGACGGCGGCGGCGCGCAGCUGACGUGCCAGCUCGUGUUCCUGGACAUGCUCCGAUCUGUCUCUGAUGCGUGGGACAGCUUCCUGCAGCGCAUCGCGCGGCGCGUGGUGGACGAGUCGCUGCGGCUGUUCGAGGAGGACCUGGAGACGACGACGCAGUGGUCGCUGGCGGUGCGCAACCUGGACGCGUGCCCGGCGUUCCUGCUGUCGUCGGUCGAGGCCGCGCUCAAGGACCUGUCGGUGUCGCAGCAGCGCAGCAAGGAGUCGCAGCAGCGCGUCAGCCACUGGCACCGCUUCAGCGUGGCCAGCACGAGCCUGGCGGCCGAGAUGCGCAGCCAGGCCGACGACCUGGUGCAGCGCUCGAACCGUGAGAUGGCCUUCUUCGUGGCCAAUAUCAACGAGAAGCAGGCCAGCGGCGGCGGGCGGCUGACCAUGAUCGCCGCCGUGUUCCUACCCCUCAGCCUGUCAUCGUCGUUGCUGGCCAUGACGACGCCGGCCGCCGACGCCGGGGCGCUGCGGUAUGACUGGGCCGGGUUGUGCGUGGUUAUGGGAGUCUUGGUGCUGGCCAUCUACUCGUCGUGGAAGGUGUUGCAAAAAGCGAAGCGGUGGCGGCCCAAGCGGGUCCAAAAUUAUCUCUGCCUUUUUUCGGGGGCUGUCAAGGCCCUGACUGCACCUCCUGCUGGCCGCCUGGACGUGCUGAAAUACGGCAUCGCCGCCAUUGCUGCGGGACUUCCUGCCUGGAUCAUUGUGAAGAACCCGGUCUGGGUCUAUAAGGCGAUAAAGGGGCUGCUUACCUGCAUCUUCGUCAUCGCCACCAUGUUCUGGGCAAUGAAGAGGAAGGGUAAGAGGACAAACGAUGCUUCUUCUGUAUGA